AUGUCUCAAGAACCUCCUCCGGCUCACUCAGAGGGCUCAGUCCCCAUCAAUAUCCGAGUUGUGACCUCUACGGGCGAAGAAGUCUUCUUCAAAAUCAAGACUAACACCAAGCUCACCAAGUUGCGAAGUGCGUACGCGACAAAGGUUGGAAAGGAUCUCAGUAGCAUCCGAUUCUUGUACGACGGGAACCGGAUUGGUGAUAGCGAUACACCUGCAUCAUUAGGGAUGGAAGACAAUGACUCUAUCGAUGUCAUGGUUGAGCUCCUUGUCUCGACGUUCAUCCUCGCAUUCACGAUUCUCAUCGUCGUCUUCCAUCUCCACCUCGUCCGCUGGCCCAUUGCCACUCUCGGGCUCACGGUAGACGACUUUGCCAAUGUCGACGUCUACAGCUACGACCCGCGAGACCAGUCUGUCGGUGUCGCAGGAGUAUACGUCGGAUCGUCUGCAAUCAUUAUCACACUUUUGUUCGAGUUUCUCUCCUUGUCUUUCCUGAUUUUCAAUCUUGUCGGAUACAUUGAUGCGAUCAGGUCUAUCCCUCGAGUGCUCACAGACCUGGUCUCUACGUGCAUGAUGCUGGGCUUCUGGAUCAGUGCAAUGAUGACAUGGGGGAAUGCGUCAAGGUUCCCGCUAUUCCACUCCUGUCACGGAAGUAACCCAGGUGUCAACGUGUGCUGGGAAGUACAAGCAGUCGUUUUCCUCAUCCUGGUGCUAUUGAUUCUUGAGUUCUUCUAUUUCUGCACAUUGUUCGCUCUCGCCUGUCUCGGUCAUCUUCGCGGUGUUCCCCGUGCCUUCCUUCAACCAGUCGUCGACGGCUUCUGGAGGGUUCAUCCUUCGAAGAAACGUCGGGCUCCUUCGUCUACAGUUGCCAACUGUGCAUGCAGCAUCACCGAUACCGCGUCUGUAUACUCUGCGGGCGAGCCCAUUCGUAUCACGUUCAACACGUUAUCUUCCAUGUCCCAGGGUGCCCAUCUCACAAACGACUACGAGCUAAAGGCAGCGCAUCUCCAGCCACACCCACAGAAGACGUUUGUGCUCGGGAAUGAGGACGACGUAUGUCUUGUCGAUACCAAGGGAGACAUCAAGGCGAAAUCCCUGGUCUGA